AUGCAGAGCGACAAUGGAGUGGUCACGGUCGCCUCGAACUCAGCUCCUACACCUCUGAAUGCACCAGCUGCGCCGCCCAAGGCAGAGCUGCUGCGUCAGUUUGCAGGCGCAGGCUCCGCGUCUGAUGGCGGUCUGGUCGCGCAGUUGACAAGUAACCCUUUCUUCACAGCGGGCUUUGGCCUUGCGGGCUUAGGUGCGCUCGCGGCUUUCGCCCAACGAGGACUUCGGCAUGGAGCGGCCCUUCUCCGCCGACGCCUGCUCGUCGACGUCGAGAUCAACGUCCGAGACGAUUCCUACCCUUGGUUUCUAUACUGGAUGACACUACAUGAGCGAGGAAGGCUGAUCACAAAUGGCUCCACACAACUUGCCGGCGGUUCAUCAGCGUCCAGAACUGGAACUGGCGUCCUAGAGUCUGUUCUUCAGCGGCUGACGCCAGGCAUGCGCCAUCUUGCCAUCGAGACCGAGAAGCGAGAACUGCCCAACGGAGCGAUUCACACCGAUUUCGUCCUGAUCCCCGGCCCCGGCAGGCAUGUCAUCCGAUACAAGAAAGCAUGGAUAGUGGUGAACCGGCAGAGGGAAUCGAAACAGUUCUCCAUGGAUGGGAAACCGUGGGAAACAGUCACACUGACGACGCUUUAUUCGCACCGUCACGUCUUCGAGUCGCUGUUCAAAGAGGCGCAUGACAUUGCCACCCAAUCCGUCGAGGGCAAGACGGUGAUAUACACUGCAUGGGGCACGAAGUGGGACAAGUUUGGACACCCUCGAAGCAAGCGGCCCCUCGAGUCUGUCAUCCUGGAUGAAGGCGUCAAAGAGAAAAUCGUGGGGGAUGUGCAAGACUUUCUCUCCUCGUCGAAAUGGUACUAUGAGCGAGGUAUACCCUAUCGCAGAGGCUAUCUGCUGUAUGGACCGCCUGGCACGGGCAAAUCGUCCUUUAUCCAGGCCUUGGCAGGCCACCUGAACUACGAUAUUGCCAUGCUCAAUCUCAGCGAACGAGGUCUCACCGAUGAUCGAUUGAACCACCUCUUGACCGUGAUACCUCAGCGGACCCUGGUUCUCUUGGAAGAUGUCGAUGCCGCCUUCGCCAACCGCCGACAAGUGGAAGCUGACGGGUAUCAAGGGGCCAACGUGACCUUUUCAGGCCUUCUCAACGCUUUGGACGGUGUGGGCAGUGCCGAGGAGCGAAUCAUCUUUCUGACUACCAAUCAUGUGGAUCGACUGGACGAAGCACUUGUCCGGCCGGGCAGAGUCGACAUGACUGUUCAUCUGGGCCCGGCUACCACGUACCAGAUUGCGCAGCUUUGGGAUCGCUUCUACGGCGACGUAGAUCCCGAGGGUGAAAUCAAGCGGGAGUUUCUGUCCAAGCUGGUGGAGAUUGGAGCUCUCCCUCAUGCUUCGGCCAGGACUAGCCAAACCAGCAUGGCCGCUUUACAGGGAUUGUUCCUGUUCAACAAAGAGAGCCCUCGGGGAGCGGUUGACAUGGCAUGGCAGUUGGCCCCUGGGGAAUUACCCAGCGCGCUCACGCCGACGCAGGAGAGCACCACUCAGUCAAGCUGA